CGAUCUCGUACACAUCACUUCUUUGUGACUCACUUUGUACGUACACAACUCGUAAGUAGGAUCACUGGCGGCCGCAAUACCACGAACGCGAACUCAAGUUUGCCUUUGGAAUAUACUCCACCUUGCUGGCCUUGCUAUCCUGAGUGGAACAGAACGGAAGCCAUUGAACUGGAAGCCCCGGCUCGCUGAGUGGCCCACAAGCACUAGAAGCCAAAUUACACGUCAUUAAGUCCCCAUGGACUAUUUCUCAGAGGAUCAUAGUAAAUUGCUGCUCAGCACAGAGUGGCUCGUCAAGAUAGAUUCUGAGAAAUCAAUUCCGUACAUGCUGAAAAUUUACUCCUCCACCGUGGAUCUAUGCUGCUAUAUUCUAAUUACGGACACUAAGAAUGUGUGGGCUGAGGUCCUACAGAGCAAUCAGCUGGCAAGACGCUGGAGGGACUGUAAUCCUCUCCAAGCACCUUCCUUUGCAAGCGAAGAGGAAGAAGAUGAAUGGCGAACCGCAAUCGUCGAGCUCCUUUCGUCUGCGCAUUCUAUCGGCGGUAUCGCGGAUUUGACGUUCGAAAUGGUGAAGACGCACUACUCCGAUUUAGCUUUCGAGCUAGGCAGUGACUCUUUCAAGUGGCGGUGGGAGACAUGUGCCAUUGGGCCAAAACAAUCGGCUGAAGUCCUAUCGAAGCACCUCAUCAUGCCGCUCAUUAGCUUCACCCACCUCGCGUUCUCUUCGGCAGACCCAGUCAGUGAGCUAUCGGAAGCUGAUCUAGAGAAGGCAGUCGACAAGGUCGGCAGGACAGCUCGCCGAACUGUCGAUACUCACGUCAAACAUGCCAUAUCUCGACCACGUGCGGCAACGACGCUGCGCCGUAUGACUGCCAUGUUCAACUUCUCUCCCGAUCUUCCAUCGAUCUCCUCAGAGGCACCAAAGCCAGAUCUGCGUUUGCCCUCUAUCCGCCCAAAGUCACGAGCUGCUUCCAAGGCGCCGCAAAGGCUACUCUCACCUGUCCGAGCGUCCACGCCUAUCAUAACUUCUCGUGCUAUCUCUCCUCCUCCGAAGGCACCGCCGCCCAAUCCGCUCACUCGGGCUCCCCAAGCAGUUGACGGCUCGGAGACCGAAAGCGAAUCGGGUGAGGCACCGAACGCGCCCGCACCCAGUGCCAGCAGAAUGGCAGAGGAGGAUCAUACCAGGAAAGUUCAAAGGAGUAGCACCAAUCCCGCUAAUUCGAAGCCUUCGACACGGGCUGCUAGCCCCAGAGCGUCUCGUCAGCACACCCCUGAAAGACGAGGUGGACCGGCGGCGGCGGCGAACCAGUCAACCGAUGAUUCAUCUCCCCCGCAUCCACCGCCAUCGAAGAAGGCCAAGCGCGUCGACUCAUCAGACGAGAACGACAGCGAAACUGAGCGUCGGAGACGAGUAGCGCAGAUCAAGUUGCCCCAGCGCGGGGCCAGGCAGCCGAUGAAACGAGGGCCAAGACGGUUCUGAGAUAGAUAAACCAUUGCUUCAUCUAUUGUCUGGAUCUAUGCACUUACGGUUGUACGAUCAGCCUAUGAGAAAACCGUUGUCCACACUGUCAUCCCAAGGGCAAGUGUUCGGUCUCGAGCUGAAUCCAAGACAUAGAGCCUGUAUAGUGAAUGCAGAGGGAUUCGUGGCUAGAACCUGUCCGGCUGAGCGAAGGUAGAGUCUCCUGCGAUGCGAGUUAGAUGUAAAUGACU